AUGGCAAUGCUAGCAGCAACCAUUGGUUCCUCUUUCGUAUUUGGUUACAACAUCGGCGUCAUGAAUGCUCCUGAAAUCGUGAUGAAGGAUUGGCUGAACGAGACGUUUUUUACAGACGAUUGGAGCAACGCCUCAAACGAGGGCAAGGUGUCCAAUUUGUGGGCCCUUAUCGUCAGUGUCUUUCCACUUGGCGGGUUGUUAGGCGGCAUGAUUUCUGGUCUGCUAGCAGAGAAACUUGGAAGCGCCGCUAUUUGUCCCAUGUACCUCACGGAAAUAUCCCCGAUAUCGAUUCGCGGAAUGCUUGGAAGCACACCUCAGCUGACGCUAACCAUCGGAACGUUAGUGUCACAGAUUCUUGGACUGAGAAACGUUCUUGGAACAGAAAUGUUGUGGCCACUGUUGUUAGUUCUGACCGGCGUUCCGGGCAUCAUACAGCUACUUACAUUAGGAUUCUGUCCUGAAAGUCCGGUGCAUUUAAUUACGAAAGGCAAGGUCGAACAGGCCGGCUGUGGUAAGGGUUUUUGUUCAUGUUUAACGGCAUUAUCGCUGAUAGUUACGAAACAGGAAUGAAU